AUGGGCCAUUUAAACGGCGAAAGUAAAAGCCCAACGUUCAUUCCAUGUUCCCGACCACCUCUCAACCCAAUAAGCUAUGAUCUUCUCCAGUCCGUCAAGCCCAAAACUCCACCGCAACUACGUAUCUUCCAUCCUCGUCUCAAGACUACACCCAUGAUUGAGUGGGGGCCGAACUCGACAGGCUCGCACUCGCGUGCUCGACGUUACACACAUAUCAACGUUACCUCUGUACUCGAAGCUAUCGUCUCUGCUAAAAUGGCUAUUGUUCACUCGGUAGAGGAGUCCAGCGUAAACGCGUAUGUCAAAUGAGUUAUGGAUCGGUCUCGUAGCUGCUGUAGGAGCGUCGGUCCUUUUUGGUACCGUCUUCGUUCCGGUUAAGAAGGUUGAUGCUGGAGAUGGGUUCUCUGCCCAGAUGUUCAUGUGCAUUGGCGGUUUCUUAACAAGCAUUUUUAUCCACUUUCUACUUGGUUUCCCUUCAGUACAAAGUUUCGCUAUGAUUGGUGGUGCUGCGUGGGGCGUAGCCAACGCUGUUGUGCUCCAAAUAAUGAAGAGGCUAGGCCUGGCACUCAGCAGUCUUCUGUGGAAUACGGUCUCAUGCCUUACGGGAUGGGCAACGUCAAGAUAUGGACUUCUUGGACUCCCCGCUGCUGUGCCUGCGAGUGCGGUACUGAACUACCGGAGUCAUGUACAUGUUUGUGAAGAAUGACGAUCAGGAGAUUACUCAGGAGAGGGAGAUAGGGAAGAUGAAUCAGAUGACUAUCAAUGACAAUGGGAAGACUGAAGAUGGCAUUUCGCGGACGGAAAGAGCAAUAAGUUUUAUCGCCGCCAUAAUCUGUGGAAUGAUUUUUGGAUCAGUC